UUUUUGCUUUCUCUGACUUUUUUUAAGAAAAAAAGUUUAUAGUUCAAAUUCGACGUCCGCAUUUGCCCUUUAGCCUCUGGCAGUCGACUUGAAUCACUCUUUCUUACUCUCGCGCUCGCAGACAGCAGACGGAAGUUGAAUUGAGACGAAACUCGUUUGUGUGCGGUGCAUAGCAUUACACGCGUUAUUGUAUUAAUAUACCCAAACAAACAGCUCGCAGGGGGCUCUCACACAGCAGCAAAUUGCUCACUGCGACCUACCCCAGACAUUCACCGUUCGUUUUUCUUUACGCAUUAUUAUAAUUCUGGUUUGCGACCCAUCCCUUAGCCUUGAAAAUUCAAUUCUCGUGGACCCGCUCUGUAUUUGUUAGUUUAUUUUACCCACCACCACCAUCCAGCCUAGCUGUCACACUUCCAAGUGGUUCAGUUAAGGGCAGUUUAAUACUUUACCUUCACCUCAGCCGCUUUUGUUGUACAUAUCAAACAUGACUGAAGGAAACUCAAGGUCAGCGCAAGGCGCAGCGCCUGGCGACGAAGUCGGGCAAAAGUUCCACUGCGACAACUGUCAGGCGAACGUCACAGACAGCGUGCGCAUCAGCUGUAACGAGUGCCCCGAGUUUGAUCUGUGCACGACGUGUUUCUCCAGAGGCAUUGAGUUGGGAUCACACAGGAACAACCACGCAUACCGAGUGGUCACUCGCCACCGAUUCCCCAUAUUCACACAUGACUGGUCAGCCGACGAGGAGCUGCUUCUCAUCGAUGGGUUGCGGCAGUUUGGAAUGGGUAACUGGAAGGAUGCUGCGGAGCACGUAGGCACACGGACCAAGGAGGAGUGCGAGCAGCAUUACAUGGAUGUAUACGUCGCGUCCGACUCGUGGCCGCUUCCGAACAUGAAUUGCCAGUUUGAAAACAAAUUUGCGCGCACAUCAGAAGAGAGGAAGGGAAAGAACUCGACGCCGAGCAAAUACAAGGUGCUUUCAUCACAGCCGAGCAACCACGAAAUUGUCGGCUACAUGCCCGGCCGUCUGGAGUUUGAGACAGAGUACGAGAACGAAGCCGAGCAGGUCAUAAAGGACAUGAUGAUCAACGACGACGACUCGCCCGAGGAGGUCGAGCUGAAGCAGAUUGUGCUGCGGAUAUACAACAACAAGCUCGACCGGCGGCUGUACAGGAAGGGGUUUAUGUUUGACCGUGGUCUUCUGGAGUACCGCAAGAACCAAGCAAUAGAGAAGAAGCGGUCAAAGGAGGAGCGUGACCUGCUCAACAAGAUCAAGGUGUUCGCGCGGAUGCAGACCAAGGAGGAUUUCGAGGCAUUUUCAGAAGGCCUGCUAAACGAGCUCGCAUUGCGACAUCGGAUCUCGCAGCUUCAAGAGUGGCGGCGCAACGGAAUCACCACCCUGGAUGAUGGCGCGCAAUACGAGGCCGAAAAGUCCCAACGGCUGUCGCGCCGGGCCACUACCCUGCGCGAUAGCGCUCAUCUACUAGAGCGCUUGCAAAAGGUUGCGUCGAUGCGCACCGUCCGCGACGCCGGGCCCGCAGAUGUGCACUCUUUGGGAUCACAUAAGCACCCCAUCCGCAAGUCAAUCAACCCGCUGGAUAUCGAGGGCGCCGACGGUAUUGAGCUAUUAUCGGAAAGCGAGAAAGAGGUGUGCGCGCGUCUACGCAUUUUCCCGCGGCCGUACCUUGUUGUCAAAGAGACAUUGCUGACCGAGUACGCGCGCACUGGCCAGCUCAAGCGGCGACAAGCGCGAGACUUGGUAAAGAUUGACGUGAACAAGACAAGCAGACUGUACGAUUUUUUUGUCGAAAGCGGUUGGAUCAAGGUGCCAGGGCGCACCGAUGCUUAUUCGGAGACGAUAAACAGAUCAUCUGGAAACACAGCAUUCAAUGAGUUUGGCAACAACGUCGGCGGGGGCUCGUCUUUAGGGGUAUCAUCCAUGUACCAUCGGGCACCGUCGGCUUUGCUGGACAAUCCUAUCAAGAUGGAGUAUUAGUAAACUGCCGGUCCCAAGCAGAAUGUGGUUUGUCUUUUAAUAUUUUAAUACUCCUGUCAGCUGGAUAACAAACGAUAUUUGCAAAGCAUCGACAUAUUCAUUUAGAGG